AGUAAGAGAAAGACGGUUAACGUGUAUGGUACGAAAAAUUUUAUUCAUUCGUUUUUUUUUUAAUUCUUGAGUUUUAAGUGGAAGUGAAGAGAGUGAGAAGGAAUAAUAAUAAUAAUAAAGAAAAACGAACCUCGGAUUGCAAAUUUCUGUCUUAAAAGAGUUUUCACCUGAUUUUCCAGCGCCGUUGGAAUUUUCAACAAGUUGUGCGCGUUUUUCAUGUAAAAAAGAAGAAGAAAAAAAAACUCUGUGUCUCUGUGUUUUGUGUUUUCUCGCGUGUUUUUCGCAUAAUUUCAAAAAAGGGAAAAUCUCUGAUAUAUCACGUUCAAUCGUGGUAAAUGGAUGCAGAAUGAUGGGAAUUAAGUGAAUUUUCCUGCCUAAAAUAGUGAAGAAGUGGAAAGAGAGAGAUCAUAGCAGAGAUGACAACGAUAUUUGGCAUGAGGGCACUCAAUGCAGACUCUCAUUAGUGGCAAAAAAAUUACUUUUAAUUUUAUAUUUUUUUGGCUCAAAUAGCGCACAUUGAGGUGUGAAGUAUUUUCCUUCUCCUCCCCCUCACUCUUCAGCACCAUUAAACCCCAUCUUCCGCGUGUUAUUUGCUCUCAUUAAGGGGGAGAGAUAGCAACAAUUUGGCUUCACUAUUCAUGUCGAAGAAAAAGAUGCGACGGCGGUCUAGAAUGAAGACUUUGAAGAUUCUCCAUCCAAUUACUCAAGGUCAGAUCGUCGCAUUCAUACUCCUCUAUCUUUGUUCGUGCUUUUUGGCUGAACCCGGUUACCUGGACUUUGACAAUCUUCCCGAAACAAAUUUCACAUGUGCUGGAAAAGUAAUUGGCGGCUACUAUGCGGAUUUGGAGACAUCGUGCCAGAUGUUCCAUGUGUGCACAAUUGGGCAGCUGGAUGAGCCGAUGGACAUCAAAUUCCUCUGUCUCAAUGGCACAGUCUUUGAUCAGGAGACACGCGUCUGUGAGCGCGUAGAUGAGGUGGAUUGUUCCAAAUCUGAACGCUUCUACUACCUCAAUCUCGAGCUGUAUGGCAAUACGAUGGUACCAGUGCCAGAGGAGAGUGCUGAUGCUGCUGUUACAACGAGUUCCUCGAGCACAACAACGAGCACAACGUCAACAACCACAUCUGCACCACCAGUCACAACAACUACAACAACCACAACACAGAGUCCCGUCACGAGUACCACACGUCGUCCACUGAGCACGUCUAAGCCAUCGCAUGCACCCUACAAGCCCGCAUAUACCUACAACAACACUAAGGGACCUGCGCCGUCGGGAUUCUCAACAACUCCUGGGGCACAGGUGCACUACCUGUCCAGCACAGCGGCACCCACAUUGCCAGCUGCAACGGCAGAUGAGGGAGAAGAGGCUGAGGAUGACUACGAAUAUGACGAUGACUACUUUGUCACGGAUCGUGGGCCUACGGGUUUUGAUCCAGGCCCAACAAAUCCUCCAAGUGGCCCGAGUCAGGUGAAUGCCUUCUCACCGCAGCACUUCAUCUUUCAGCAGAAAGAAGAGAAGGCAAAAGGUGGGGGCCAGGGUAAGCCGGCGAUCUCAUUUCAGCAGCAACAAUUUGAGAAUGGUGGCUCCUUACAUAAUUCCCACAUAACCGUGACAACGCACACGGCAACGCCGGAAAAGUCACAUAAGCAACCCGUUGCGCAGCAGCAAUUUCAGCAGAAGGGUGCAACGGCAUAUGGGAAGAAUCGUGCUGUCACGUAUACACCGCCACCAAGUAUAACAACAUCAAGGCCGCAGUACAAUCUGUAUGGAUUGAAUACGGCACCGUCUUCCGCACAGCUACCAAAGAGAAUACCUCUGUUGCCAACUGCGCAGCACUCCCAGAAUAAUCCGCCUACGGGUCAUGCUGGCUACCAGCAGCAUCCUGCCACACCCUUCCGGCUACGUGCCCAGGGAUUUCAGCUGCCGGUGGCACAGCCGCGCCCCUUUGAGGGCUACCGUCGUCACAUGCCCCAGAUCCCUCUGCACUUACCACCCUUUGAGCAGAGACGCGACCACAAAGAGAUUCUGGGCUUCGAGGAUGCCGCUGAUGCGCUAAUAGCACCCGCUGAGCGGAAAGAGCUAAAGCGCUCAGAUCCACGCGGUGGCAGCAGCAGUAGCAGCCAAAAUGCCACUGUUUCCGUGACGACGUCGUCCACAUCGAAGCAGCGCAAGGUGCCACCCACGGCAUCGGUGCGGCAGAAGGGACCUUCGGGGCCAGAGACGGCAUCUAGUAGUAGUAUUAGUAGUAAUUUAAAGAAAACCCAUAGUCAAGCGUACGACAGGGUCCUGCUGACGCCGCAGGAUCGCUACAUUUCGAGUCUGCCGAAAGUUGUGAUCUCUGCCAGUGCUUCCGUAAGCGAUGGCAGUGGUAAGAAGCUCAAUUACUCAAUUGGGAGCAAUGUGAAAAUACCGCCACCCUCAUAUGAUGAUUACCGCGAGGGGGACGUCAUACUUGAUCCCUUCUUCCUCGAUGUGCCCAAAAUUAAGCCUAGAAUUAAGCGCUUUGCUGGCUUUGCUAAACGAAGGAAACGAACACAACAAACAGAACAACUGAAUUCCACAUAAAAAAUUAAAUUUUGUUUUUUAAAUUGUUGAAUCUGUCAAAAAUCUUUAAUUUUUCUUUGAAUUUUAGGGUUUUUUUUUAAAGAUUUUUACAGUUUGGCUUUUUUUAUUUUCUUCUUGAGUUUCUAGAGAAGAAAAUACUUUUUUAGAAGUUUAAAAGUCUUUUGGGGGAUUUCCGGACAAGGAAAAUACCGGAAAAAUAGUUUUUUCUCUUAAUCCGUUCUUUGGUAGUUAUUGCCAAAUAAAGAAAAUACGUUAUUUAGCAGAAAAAAAAUUAACAGAAAAAGAUAUUAAGCAUUUUAAGGGUUAAACUGCAAUGCAACAAAGGGUUAAAACACAAGAAAAAAUGCAAAAAGACAAACUGUCAAAUUAAAUUAGAAAACUCUCAAAUCAAAGAAAUAUAAAAGAUUUUUAACAGAAUCAAUUCCAAAAUUUCUAAUUUAAUCUCCCCUCCUUGCAACAUUGUACCCCCUCCCCAUGUCCCCAGAUGAAUGAAUUGUUGAAGGAAAAUGAGGAAAAUGUAGAAAAAUGUGUGUGGAAGAAAGAGAAAUUAUUAAAAAAGAAGAGAUUCCGUGUAAAUAAAAUGAAAAGAAAA